CCUUUUGCCACUAAUUUUAGAUUAACUUUGAUUUCUUCGAUAUAUCGAUAUGUAUAAUUUUGUUUCUGACUUCCCAUUUUUCAUGAAAGUGAGAGCGGCAUAGUAGAUGCGUAGUUAUAAUUUCAUUUUCAGUUUUGUAAUGCCGUUGGUGUACUUUAUGUGCUCAUGAUAUUUGAAAAAUUGUCUGAGACUGGUAUCAUGUUAAGUUCCGAAGAAUCUUUUGAGCUCAAUAGUUCGUCAGUUUCAUGUUCUAGUUUUAAUGACAUUAUAUCUUCCAUUCCACCUUUGUCAGAUGAACUUGAAUAUUUUGGUUUACGGCCACUACCUCAAUUGAAAUAUGAAGAAGAUAGUGUAUUGUUGCAAACACAAGUGACUUCCUUGGUAUCUUCUUUAAUAGACACAAUUUGGAAUUUAUUACAUCUUCACCGAUCUGCUCUUCAGCAGUGUGAUGAAGUGGAAGACGUACGGCAUAGAGUAGCAUAUGACAAUAAAAACCUUCAGUCUCAAGUAGAUCGCUUGAAAACAGAAUUGUCAAACAAGGAACGGCUAUUAUCUGCUGCCAGUGAGAAGGAGCGAAGACUAACUACUGAGUGUGAUAAACUUCGAUGUGAUCUCAGAACUGGAAAAGAUGAGGUGCAUCGUCUGAUGGCCCAAGUGACUUGGCAUGAUUGUCAACAUACCCACGAAUUGCGAAAGAAGGAGCAUGAAGUCCUACAUGUACAAGAACAAUUACGUCGUAAAUUGGGCCUGCCUUGUUCUUUGGCACUUCAAGUAAUGAAAGAAAAGCAGCAGGAAAACAAUGGAAAACCAGCCCAUGAAGUGUGUAGUAGCAGCAGCACUCUUGAUAUGUCUUCAGAUUCUCGAGGAAAAACAAUUAUGCCUAAAGAACAAGAAGACUUGUACAGAAAGGUGAUCAAUAAAUUUGAGAACAACAACCGCAGAUUGGUUGACGAGAACAUCAAACUUUGUGAUAUGUACUGCAAGCUUCAUACUAAUCUUGGAUUCUUGACACAGCAGUUUACAGUUCUACUAGAGAAAUACUUCAAAUGUGAUAAAAAUGGACAUGAAUUUGAAGAAGGUGAAGAAGUGCUGAACAUUGUGCCAUCUAGUGUCUUCCAAAUGCCAUAUGAUGGCAUCAGAAAACAUAACAAGGACAUGCAAUUGUUGUCCAACAAGUACUUUGCCACAUUACAAACAGUGCUGGAGAAAAUGUCCAACCAUUUGGAGUCACAAUAUUCCAUAUAACUACACAAUAUGUGUGGUUGUAUUUUAGUGCACUCAUUAAUAUACUGUUUAACAUGGUAAGAAAUUAUGCAGUUGGGAUGAAGACCUAUAUUACAGUUGAAGAGUAAUAAAUCUUUAGUCACAUGCCAAAAUGUCAUUUAAGUACUGUAUUAUUACCAAACCAUCUGAUUGUACAAAGUGGUAACAUACCUUUGCUUGAAUAUUGCAUCAAUAAUUAUAUUACUGGUUUCUUUUCAGUAAUUAGGGCCUUAUAGACUACUGGUUACCCUAGGACCAGUUGCCACUAAUACAGAAUAUUACAAAGUAUAGUUAUCGGUAGUUAUUAUGAAAAAUGUCAGCUUCUACUCACCAAAAUAAUAAUUAAUUUGCAACCCCCAAAGCCUUUAAAAUAAAUACUCUAUUAUCAUUAUAGCAUAUGAAGACUAAAUGAUGUUAAUUUUUAAUACACUACAUAGCCAUUUAAACUAUUAUAUUUAUCUGGCCAAUGGCAUCUGAUUGACAUAAGAGAAACAUCUGGAAGAAUGUCACCAAAAUAUUAAUAUCAAGUUGGGAGAGAAAAGUCCUGAAACAAAACUAUAUUUAUUUCAGUUUAUACUGUGAAUUACAACUCAAACGUUCAUUAAAUCUCUUGACAGAGGUGACUAUAUUUUUCAAGCCCUGAUAAUGAGAAAAUCGAAAGAACUAAAUUCAUUUUCAAUAUGAGCACUACUGAGGGUGGGAUGAAUAGAGUUGUUACAAACUAACUCCCUGCUAGCAGAACCUACAGGUCAAACACCAAAGCCUGCAAUCGGACACGGUCCUGAGUUAACUCAAUCCAUUUACCACCCUCACAGCCCACCUCCCUAAGAUCCAUCUUGAUAUUACCAUCCUAGCUCCUUCUUGGUCUGCCCAGUGGUCAUUUUCCAGAAGUAUUCCCUAUCAAAACUCACCCCUUGCAGCCCCCAAGUGUGCUACAGCCCAUCGGAGCCUCCUAUAUUUCAAUAUCCUUGUUAUGUUGGUUGACCUGUACAAUUCACGCAGCUUCUCGUUAUGCAAUAUUCUAAAUUCACCAGUCAUUUCUUCCUUCAAGGUAAGAGACCAUGUUUCACAACCAUACAAGACAACAGUCAAAAUUAUUGUUUUAUAUAUCCUGAUAUUUAGUGUUUUGAAUAGCAAACAAGAUAACUAUUUUUGAAUUGAACACAAACAAGUGUUUCCCGAAUGUAUUCAACUCGAAAUUUCAUCAUGGACCUCAUUUCUAUUUGUUAUUGUUGUUCCCAGAUACUUAAAUUAUGAAACAUUUUCAAAUGAUAUGUUAUGUAUAAUUAUAUUCUGCCAAUGUUGCUGAAGUUGAUCUCAUAUUAUGUCUGUGUAUUUAGUUUUGUCUACAUUUAUUUCUAGGUGUAUUUCCUUGCUAGCCUACAGGGGAAUUUCUACAUUUUUGGUUAUGGUACCCACCGCAUCCCCCAAGCAGAUUGAUGUCUUCAGCAUAGGCAAGUACCUGGUGCAAGUCAUUCAAUUCGAGCCCUUCCUGAUUCCCUCUGACCUUCCUGAUGACAUGAACUAGAACAAAAUUAAAAACCACUGGGGAUAAAGCAUCCCCAUUUUAGGCCACUGUGCACUGGGAACAGACGGUUACCUAUACAAACUCUAGUAGAUACCCGAUCCAUACACAUCUUAAUUAACCUAACAAGUCUCUUUGGUAUUCCAAACUUAAUCAAAAUGCCAUAUAGUACCUCUCUUCUGAGUCAUAUGCCUUCCUAAAGUCCACAAAUAGUUGGUCAAUUGACCCAUUAUACUCCCAUUUUUCCUCUAAUAUUUGUCAAAUGCAAAAGAUCAGAUCAGUAGUUGACCUAUUACGGUGGAAUCCACAUUGAUCGUCCCUGAUAGUUUUAUUUAUAAAUGGAGUUAACCAUGCCAGAAUAUUCAGUGAAAUUUUGUAUGAUGUUGACAAAAGAAAGGUACCUCAGAAGUUUCUGCACUCAGUUUUGUCAUCUGUUUUAUGGAUAGCAACAACAGUUGAUUCUGUCCACUAUUUUGGUAGUACUUCCGGGUUCAAAAUGGAGACCAUAAGGUUACAUACCUCAGAGUGCAGUGUCCUACCAUCUGCAUGGAUUAGUUCCGCUGGAAUUGAGUGAUACCUGGCGAUGUAUAUCAUUUUAAUUUCCCAAUGGCAAUUUUAACUUCAUUAAGGCUCAGUUCCAGGAUGAAGGGCUCUGCUGUAUGUACUUAAGGACCUUUAAAUUUAUCAGCUAUGUGAAUGUUUAGUAACUUACUAAAGUAAUCUUUCCAUCUGUCUAUAAUGCCAUGCGAGUCCGUGAGCAGAUCCCCAUUCUUGUCCUUGAUCAAAUGUGUCCUAGGCUACUCACGACAUUUAAUAAGUGCCAAUAGGUCUCUGUACCAAAAUACUACAAUCAUUUUAGAUAUGGAAGGAAGAUAUUCAAAAGAUAUUAAAAUUAACCAGGGAGUACAUCAGGGUUGUAGUUUGUCAUAUGGUAAAAAUAUCAUACAUACAAGAUGUCCCUUUCUAAAACCAUUCUGUUCUUCCAAUAGUAGGUCAUCUGAGAUAUUCAUAAGCCUCUUAUUUAAUAUUUUUGCAUACAUUUUAGCUAGUGGCUAGUAAACUAAUGCCCUAGUAGUUCUCACAGCUAUUCCUCUACCCCUUUUUAAACAAUGAUAUUAGCUUUGCUUUCUGCCAUGCAUUAGGUAUGAUGCAGUAUUUCCAACAUAAAUUUAACAAAUGAAGAAGUCUCAGUUUUAAGGGUGUACCUCCAUAUUUGAAGAGUUCUGAGUUAACACCAUCCAAGCCAGGGGCUUCUCUAUUCUUCAAUCCUUGUAUUGCUAAUUCUUCCACACUAAUUUCAUCUACUACCUUCCCUGUGUCUUCUUCUGGUGCGUUCUCCUUACCAGGAUAAUACCAUACGUUUUAUAAUGUUCUAUCCAUUGCUCCUCCUUUAUAACAUAUAACCUUGCUGUAUCUUGAAAUUCACAAUUUAAGUGUCUCAUAACCUUGUAGGCCAAGUCAACAGUAAAAUAUUAUUAGUGUUUUAAGUGAUUUUCAAGUGUAUAGAGCACUUAUUAAAAUCAUUCCAUCUAGCCAUAUGAAUAAAAAAACUCCCGAAUGGAUAAACCAAGUUCGAUGAAAUUUUAUACUGUAGAGUUAUGCAUAAGAGCAUUAGUACAUCAUGUUUUCACAGUAGGUCACUGCACAUGAAAACAGACGCAUAAAUUAUUCAGACAAAGAAGGCAAUUAAGAAAAAUAACACUAAAGAAAGUCUGACAGACUCCACUGAAAUAAUAUUUCUUUUAUUCUGCUAAUGUUGUGUUCUAUCAAAAUAGAAUAACUUCAAAGCAUACACUAAACAAAGUUAUAUUUUGUUUUCAUAUAUGUAAUAACAGUGAAGACUCAGGAUUGAGUAAUAAAUUCAGACAGUUGAUAAUUUGAUUUUCAGUUUUUAAUCUAAUUUUAGGAUGUAUUUCAUAUUUCAUUAAGAUAACAAUAUAUAUUGGUUGAAAUACAGAAAUCUAUUUGAAAACAAUAAGUUGUUUCAAAUGGAACUUCCAAAGUAACAAUUCUUGGAGCAUGUCACUCAGUAGUAAAGAUCAAAAGAACAAUUGGUGCCCUGAAAUUUCAAGUUAUGAGAAAAUCAUAAUUUUUAAAUUAAAUGAAUAACUACACAUCAGAUCCACUGAUUUGUAAAUCAUUUACUUCUAUUGAAUUGACUUUUUAUACACAAUUCAGGAUGGUGAAGUUAAAUGUAUGCAAUGGUACAACAACCAACAAAGAAGAAUGCUUUGUGAAUGGAACACAAAUACGUAACUUGUUGGUAUACCUGGUGGUAUAUUAAAUAAAUAUGAAUAUGUGGUCCCCAUAGUUUUGGAAGGAUUUCUUCUGAAAUGGAUGUAUCAUAAUGCCAUUUGAUAACAUCUGGUAUGUCUUCCCCUUAUCCUCUUUGUUAAUGGUAGUCUCAGCCACUGACAGGGCCACUAAAUAAAACAAAAGAUAAAAAUACCCUUUCUGUGGGGACAACCAUGAAUUCACAACAGACAGGGUUAAAUUAACUGUGUCUGAGAACAGAUAUACUAUUGUAUGAAUCAAAUUUAUAUUUUAUACCUAGCAUACAAAUUCUUCUGAAUAAAAAUUCCAUAUCAUAUCU